UUGGAUCGCCAGCACUUCGAGUAUGUAAAGCAGUGCGAUUGCUCGCGUGUGUCUCUAUGCGGCAUCGGAAAAGCUUACCAUACUAUGAUAUCACCACCAACAUUCGUCCCCUUUUACAUCUCUCUCCAUCUCUCUGAGCCUAUGAACUUCAAACAAGAGGCCAAUACCGUGAAGCAACUACUGCACCGCCACCACUAUGAUCGCACACCACCCCCAAGUCGCCAUCGUGACGGGCGGAAACUCGGGCAUGGGCAUGGCCCUCGUACGCUCCCUCGUCCACCGCGGCUGGAAAGUCGCCGUUGCAGACAUCCAGCCGAACGAUACCUUCGCGGGCGAGCUCGGUGAUGGCGCGAGUUACCAUAGGUGUGAUGUAGCAGACUAUGACAGCCAGGCGGUGAUGUUCCAGGAAGUGUGGGAUAGGUAUGGACGAAUCGAUGCAUUGUGUGCGAAUGCUGGCAUCGUGGAUAGGAGUUCCAUAUUCAUCCUCGAGCAUCGGGGGUCUGACAAGAUACCACCGAAACCUGACCUCCUCUGCACCGACGUUGAUUACAAAGGCGUGGUCUACGGCACGCAACUGGCCAUUCACUUCAUGAGGAAGAACAGCGUUCCCGGUGGCAGAAUCAUUGCAACGGGCAGCGUCGCCGCGAUAGUGCCGCACGAGUCGUAUCCUGAGUAUGAUGGUGCUAAAGCUGGUGUGGUGAACUUCGUGAGGGCGACGGCACGCAUCCUCCGCUCAAAAGAGAACAUAUCCAUCAACUGCAUAUGUCCUGGAAUAGUGAGAACCGCCAUCAUCCCUCAAGAGAUGGUCGAUGCCGUCUCCCCAGAAUGCCUGACUCCAGAGAGCACGAUUGUGGCGGCUUAUGAGAGAUGCCUGGAUGAUGCCUCGAUAUUCGGCAAGGUCAUCGAGUGCUCGACAGACAAACAAUUCUUCCUAGAAACGCCGAGCCUUGCGAAUGGGCGCAUAUCGGAGCGAGCGGUCACCGUCUGGGAUCCGUUGUUCAAGAUGUACCACAAGGAGAGCUCCGGGCUACCGGACGCCAUUCCAUGAGAUAAGGAGAGGCGUGGGUAUGUCAUGGUUGGUGUUGGAUGAUGUCGAGGAUGCACGGUAGCAUAAGGCGCUCACAUCCAUGUGGACGGAUGAGGGGCCGAACGAGAACGUGGUAGGCACAAUGUAUUUUGAUAUCCUCGUAGCAUGCACGACCCGCAGAAACCAUCAAUAAAUCGAAU